GUGGUUACGCUUACAUGACACGUCUCGAAUCUGAUAAAAUCCCGUGCAUUAAACAAAAACGGAUUCGGAUCCCAUAUUAUAAUCAUAACCCGUUUCCCCAAACACACUUCGUCUCAAUACCGUCACUACUCUCCUCCUCCACUUGGUGUGGCGCUUGAGAAAAUCAGUUACUCGGUGCCUCUCUCUCUCUAUCUCUCUCUCUCUCUCUUUGUUAUGGCCUCCACCACCACCGUUUUGGACCCUACCGCCGACGACCACCACUCUCUCCAGCUAGAUUCUCUCCCUCUCAUCGACCUCAAUCUUCUUUCUCAAUCCGAGCUCUACUCUCUCUCCCUCUGCUCUUCCUCAUCCUCAUCCCACGCUCACCGCCGAUGCGACGACGACGUUCUCAUCCCCAAAAUUGACCGCUCCGUUUUCAACGAAUCCGCCGGAAGCCGCAAGCAGACCUAUUCCCGCCUCCGUUUGGCUCCUCGGAACUCCCAAUUUGCGUCGUCGUCCUCCGCCCGGUCCGCCGCUUCUUCUUCCCCCUCCUUUACCCGCCAAACCACCACCAUCGCCGCUCUCGAGCCACUCGACCAAGAGAACGUCCAGAUUAUCGGUCUUCUCAAGCAGCUAUUCGCCUCCAAAACUCAUGACGACCUCGUUCCCGUUCGCGUCGAAUACAACGACGAUUCUUCCGUGCUCCAUCAGCCUUUCAACAACAAUGUCGUCCACAGCAUCCCCAUUGAUGUUGUUGUCUUCGAUAAUACUUCUCAGAAGAAACGGAAGCGAGGUCGUCCGCGUAAGGAUGCGAAUCUAGCGGUUGAGAAUUUUUACAGCAAUGGAAGUUCCACACGGGAGGUUCCCGUCGAGCUGGCUUCGUCGAAUGCUGUGUUUUACGAUUCGCCAAAGGAAAUUGUGGAUGGGGGUGGUCCGGCGAAGCGGAAGCGAGGGCGGCCUCGCAAGGAUGAGAAACGUGCCGUUGAGGGUAGUAUUACCGCGGGGAGAGUGGAAGUAGUGAAGGAGGAGGGAUUGGUGGAUGUGAACAGAAAUGGCGGUGCUGUGGAUUUGGUCUCUUUGGGGAAUAUGGAGGAUCCAUUUGGCAAGGAGUUGAGAAAGAGGACCGAGGUGUUGGAGACCGAAGCGGAAUUGUUAGGGUUUUUGGGAGGCUUGGAAGGGGAAUGGGUAACGAAGAAGAAGAAGAUCGUGCAGGCGAGCCAGUUUGGAGACGCGCUGCCAAGGGAUUGGAAGAUUAUGCUCUCUGUUGAGAGGAGAGAAGGGCGCGUUUAUCUGUUUUGUAGAAGAUACAUUAGCCCUAAUGGGCAGCAGUUUCUGUCGUGCAAGGAAGUUUCUUCUUACUUGCUUGCCUAUGUUGGAUUCCAAGAUGCAAGCCAGUCAAAACCUGGUCAUGGUGACAGUGAUAGUCAGAUUGUCAGUAAAACGGGAUCUGAAUAUGAUGCAAAUUUUCAAUUUCAAAAUGACAAGGAUGCUAUUGAGCUCAUAAGCUGCUCGCCAGUGCUCAUUACCUCUGUGUCAACUGAUGAGGAGAAGCAGGCUACAUUAUCCAAGACAAGGAAUCCAGAGGAAGUUCAAAAUUUUGAUCUUUUAAAAUGCCACAUAUGCAUGAUGACUUUUAAUGAGAAGAAUGGUCUUUUGCACCACCUAUCAUCACAUGAAGGGACAGCAAACAGAUGUAAUCGCCACUUCUCAGUCUAUGAAGGGGUUAUUGUAAAAGAUGAAAAAUAUGAGUGCCAGUUCUGUCAUAAAAUAUUUGAUGAAUGGAUUCAGUAUAAUGGCCAUAUUGGGGUCCAUGUGAAGAGCAAUGAAGUUUUAGAAGGACUAUCAAACAAACAGAAGAGCUCUGACCCAGUACUAAAUGUUGAUUCAUUGACAUCCUUGAAGAUGCAAGAAUCAAUUGGAACUGAGAAGGAGAAAACUUUGAACUCAGAAGCCAGUUUCAAACUGAGUUCUGGUUUUGCUGAUAGUGAAUUGAAAGAAGAUGCUGACACCAGAGCUUGUACUGACGGAGAGAAUCAUGGACUUGUUUCAUAUUCUCACAAUGAGGUAGCUCUGAAUUCUAGUAAAGAUGAAAAGGAUAAGAAAUAUUGUGAGAUUCAGGAUAAAGUUUGUAAUAUGACCAAUCAUAACUUAGGGAAGCUUGAUGAAGCUGUUGAAGUUUCUGUUUGUGGCAGUUCCAAUUGGGUUGCAGCAUUGGCUUCUAAUAAUGAGAAUGAAAAUAAUUGUGAAUUUUCUAACAAAGCAAAUGCUGUCAAUUGCAUUUCCAAUGAAAUAAGUGGUGGUUUACUUGCUUCAGUUGACAAGGAAGAUAAAUGUAGUAAAAAGGAUAUUGAACAUGGCCAGAUUACUAGCAGAGUAGAAGAUAAUGUGGAUGAAUUUGAAAAUUAUAAUUCAAUAUCUGGAGACUCUGGGCCUGAGGACGUUUAUAGUAAUGUAAAGCGGCAAAGUAUAUAUCAAGGCUUUUCUUCUAUUCCAUCCGGGAAUGAACAAAGUUGUGGUUCUGUAAAGGAUGGGAAUGGAAAUCCAAAUUCCAUCUUGUUGAAAUCUGUACAGGUAAGAGGUUCUGAAAUUGAUAUUUGUAGUUCGUCUUCUGAUAAGCAAACAUGUGUUGUUGGGAAUAAUGUUAAUAAUGUUGGAGCAAUUGGUAAUGGUGGCAACCAUGUUGGAGCCAAUGUGAAUGCUGCGAGUAUUGGUGAGACUGACAGAAUUUUAGGAGGCUGUUAUUGCAUUCCAACUCUAAAUAAACCAGGUUGUGUUGCUGAAGAUUUUGCAAAGAAUCCCAAUUGUAUGAGGGAAAGACCAUUGGAAGAACAAAGUUUUGAAAGUGAUGAAUCUACUCCUGUUAUUGUCGAUAAAAGUGUUGUUGUUGAUAAUGUUAUUAAGUCUUCUAUUGGCACCAUUAAUGGGACCAAAGUGGCUGAUGCCAAAAACUCUAAGAAUAGUAAGUGCAUUGCUUUUGGUACCAAGGACACUGAAAUAGAUGCCAAUAUCAUCCCUGACAUGGAGCAAGAAGGAACUUUUAAAGGGUGUUCACUUGUUUUAUCUUCAAAUGCAAAUGAGCAUGCAUCUGUUUUAAAAGAUAAUGUUAUCUGCAACAGCAAAACGGAGGAACUUAAAUGGAACAUCGUCUCUCCUGAAAGUCAUCUGCCUAGCUGCUCUGGUUGUGGUCAAAGCUAUGAUCUUGUAAAUAAUAUGAAUAAUAGGUCCUCACACUUGAUUCAGGAACACAUAAAUAACGAGGUUAAAAGCUCUUGCAACAAUGAGGAAUUGCACGAUUUUGGUAGCUGUAACACAGGAAUUGAUGUCAAUACUGUUACAGGCAAUGUGGCAGGUCGGAGGAGUUCAGAAGGAUUUUCCCCUGUUAUUUCGGGAAACAUCCAAACAAUUUCCAUUGCAACUACUGUACCUGGUGUUUGUAUUGGGACACUGGAGGAGCUUAACCUGAAAAGGGGUUCUGAAAUUGAUUUUAUUGGUCCUUCUGGUAGUGAGCAAAUAGAUGCCACUGAAAAAAAAAUUACCAUGGUGCACUCAAGAACGCUUUCGAAUCAACCUACACCAGAGGAUCUAGAAAAGUCUAGGAAUGAUGAUCAGAUGACCGUUUUAGGAAAUAUUUCCCAACCUAGUGGGGAGAUCAUGUCUGAGCUUAUCUGCAGAACUGAUGAACAAAAUGUCCAACGGAGCAGAUCAGCUGGUACUUCAUCUGCACUAAUGCAAGUAUCAGGCAGUUUUCCAAAUUUUGAUAUAUUGUCAGACAAGGGUGCAAACGGAGAUUUUAGUAAUAAUGAAAGUUUUGAGAGCACAUCUGGUUUAGAAGGGCCAAGACUGGGUAGCAUAAGACCUUCGAAGUACAAUUUUCUGACAUUGCAAGGAAGUUCCCAAUCAAAUGAGUCGAAGGUCUUGUCAGAUGAUGCAGAGAUGGGGAAAAGUUGUGAUUCUUAUUUUUGGCUUGAAAAGGAAGCUCGUCCACAGACAGCUAGCAGGAUUCAGACCGUUACAGUCUGUGCAUGGUGUGGAGAGGAGUGUCAUCAUGAAGCCGUUAACCCUGAAAAACAUUCAGGAUCAGUAGGCCUUGUGUGUGCUACCUGCCAGUUUAAGUUCUCAAGCCAAUUCAAUCCACUAUAGCUGUCAAUUAGUGCUGUGGCUCAAAUGAAGAUUUGAUUGUUGUAUACCAAACUUCAAUCGAGGAUUAAAUUUCAGAUAUGAGGUUCUAUAUCUUCCAGACAAGGAUGGACGCUUAUUUGAAGACUCUACAAGUUUGUUCAUAUCAGGUUGUGCAUAUGGCGGUCCAACGGUUUUGCCAAGACACUUUUUGGCUGUUUAUCACUGGAGGUGACUUACUGCCAUAUUUUUCUUUUCUACUCUCUAGGUCAAACUGAUUGUUUCAUUGCUCAUAAACUGAUUAGGCAGUUAUUUUUUAAAGAUUAAUUUUCAUUGACACAUUUUUUCUCCUUAGUAGAAGAACGAAACCAAAAGUGGCCCAUAGGUUUAGGGACUGACCUGGGAAUUACAAUUUGCAUAACCUUUAAUUGGUGUCGGAAUCAUUUUUAACUGCUUGUAGUGCUAGUUUUAGUUUGUUUACCUGGAGAUUGUAAUAUAUAACAUCUAACUGCAAUGUAACAUCCAUGUCUUGGAGUUCAAAUGUGAUUUCUAUUUGGAAUAUUUGAAUUAA